UUAUAUAUUUGUGGGAACUCUUUCCAUCAGUUCUAUAUAUUGUGUAUCUACUAAAUAUGUCUGCAAGAAAUCCAUCCUCUUGUAUUCCUCACCCCAUAUCCACUGUCCGGCAGUAUAUGGAUUCCACCCCUCAUGUUGGUUUAUAUGGCCAUGAAAUUCCCGAAUUGGAUAAGUAUCGCAUACUAUAUCCUAAGGUUGUGUCAGGAGGUUUUUUAAACCUGAGUGGUUUAUUCAUUCCGUUGGAAGUUGAGAUCCUCCUCAGUUUUGGACCCAAUUAUUCCCCUCUUACACCUCCUGAUAUUAGCUCCUAUAUGGUAGCUAUCAAAAAUUAUUCCGAUGGUUAUCUAGAAAAAGGUGUUGAUUUGAAAAUGUAUAAUAGGGAGGAUUUAGAACUGCAUUAUUCAUGCUUUGUUGCUGCAAUGUUAAAUCAUCAGCAGCAAACCCUAUAUCAUAGGAUGUUGUCCCAUUUAUUCCAGGUUACCUUAUCCUUUCUUAGGAAGCAUAGUGACUUAAUCAUUGUGCAAGCUGAUAAAGGUAAAACAUCCAUAUUGAUUCCCCGCGUAGAUUAUAUAGAUAAAGUUCAGGUGUGGUUAGAUUCUUAUGUGUCCUCCGGUGCUUGCAUAGUCUAUAAGGAUGAUAGGGCUAUGCUUCUGCGGCAUUUGACCGCAUUGUAUCGAAGGUUGGCGUUGCCUUUGUGCAGGUUGUUUGUUUUGAAUCCAACACUAUUUCCUCGUCCAAUAUAUUUGGAGCUCCAUGAGAAAAGAAAUAGUCCUCCUGAGAUAUCCUAUCUCUAUGGCAGUUUGAAAAUACAUAAGGACGGUUGUCCUAUCCGUUCCAUUUGUAGCCCCGUUGAUUGGCUCAUAAGUCCUAUUCAUAAACUGUGUGGGCUUUUCCUAAAACAGGUUUUAGAUGAACGAUUGUCUAAGAAUAAUCUAGAUAAUAUGGACCAUUUAACAGGUCAUUUAAUAAGUUUAGAACCUAUAUCGGGUUAUGUGUUUAUUACUUUGGAUAUAAAGGAAAUGUAUCCAAAGACACAAUUGGAACCAUUAUGGGCAGUAUUACAAGAUCUUAUGGCACGAGAUUGGUUCCGUAAUAGUUGCCCAAUUGAAAUUAGCCUAUUAGAACGUAUGUUAAAGUUUAUAUUAUAUCAAGCGAAUUAUUUCUCAUUCAACUCAAUCUGGUAUCAGCAGAUUGAGGGGUUACCUCAAGGGGGUUCAGCUUCCGGUUAUUUGGCUAAAAUAUUUUUAGAUUCUCGAUUAGAUGAUAGAUGAUAUAAUCUUGAGCCAUAAUCUCUCCUCAUUAUUCUACUGUUAAUAGGAGUGGUCAGUAUAUCAAUUAUCGACUGCUUUAAGUGCUC